AAGAACUUAAAUAUUGUUGUAUUGGCAUCAAAAGAGUAGGGGUCUAGAAAUUUGUUACUACGUGUAUAUCUUUCUCGUUGGUCUUGGCUGGUAUGGCGGAUGUACAUGCCGAGGUGUGAGUUGGGGUAGUUUGUGUACAAUAUUCUGUUAAAAAUGUCGCUGUCAGCAGCCCGCCCUCUUAUUAGUGUAUACAGUGACAAGAAUGAGGCAUUGGGCACAACCAUUUCAUUGCCUGCGGUCUUCAAGGCCCCAAUUAGGCCUGAUAUUGUCAACUUUGUGCAUGAUAACAUGGCAAAGAAUCAUCGUCAGCCAUAUUGUGUGAAUAAGGAUGCAGGUCAUCAGACUAGUGCUGAGUCAUGGGGAACGGGGCGUGCCGUGGCACGUAUUCCUCGUGUACGUGGUGGGGGAACUCAUCGUUCAGGUCAGGGAGCUUUUGGAAACAUGUGCCGAGGUGGAAGAAUGUUUGCUCCCACCAAGCCGUGGCGUCGUUGGCACAGACGUAUCAAUAUAAACCAGAAGCGCUAUGCCCUGGUGUCUGCAAUUGCUGCAAGUGGCGUUCCUGCCCUCGUGAUGUCGAAAGGUCAUUUAGUACAAGAUAUACCAGAAUUGCCUCUGGUGGUGGAUGAUAAGGUGCAGGAGUACUCAAAGACUAAACAGGCCGUCAUCUUUUUGCGCCGUAUAAAGGCUUGGGCUGAUAUUCAGAAGGUGUACAAGUCCAGAAGAUUUCGUGCUGGCAAGGGUAAGAUGCGAAACCGUCGACGCAUCCAGAGGCGUGGUCCUCUCAUCAUUUAUGGACAAGAUCAGGGUUUGACGAAGGCAUUCCGUAACAUCCCUGGUGUUGACAUGAUAAAUGUAUCAAAAUUGAACCUGCUGAAACUUGCUCCUGGAGGUCAUGUGGGACGCUUUGUUAUCUGGACGCAGUCAGCCUUUUCAAAAUUGGAUGAUUUGUAUGGUUCUUGGCGUAAGACAGCAAAACUGAAGAAAGGUUACAAUUUGCCUAUGCCAAAAAUGGCAAAUACAGAUUUGUCUCGCCUGCUGAAAGCUGAGGAGAUACGGUCUGUUCUGCGUGCUCCAAUAAAGCAAAAGCGCAGUGUGAAGAAGCUGAAUCCACUUACCAACACUCCUGCUUUACUGAGGCUGAACCCGUAUGCUGCAGUUUUGAAACGCAAGGCAAUUCUUACAUCGAUCCAGAGCAGACGCAAACGUCAAGAACUGGUUGCCAAAAGGAGAGGGAUCACAUUGAAGCCAACGCCUCUAGAAGCCAAGGCUCUGAAGAUGCAGAAGUUGCGUCGUGCCGCUAUACUGAAGGCUAAGGCAGAGAAGUCCAAGAAACUUAAAGAUAAGGAGGAGGCAAAACCUGCACCAGACAAGGAAAGUAAGGAAUCAAAGGCAUCAGCCAAGGGUGCCAAAGGAGCCAAGGGUGCUAAAGGUGCCAAGGGUGCUAAGGGACCAAAGGCAUCGGCUAAGGGGCCGAAGGCACCGGGUAAGGAGCUGAAGGCACCAGCUAAGGAGCCAAAGGCAUCCGAUAAGGGGCCGAAGGCACCAGCUAAGGAGCCAAAGGCACCAGCUAAGGAGCCAAAGGCACCAGCUAAGGAGCCAAAGGCACCAGCUAAGGAGCCAAAGGCACCAGCUAAGGAGCCAAAGGCACCAGCUAAGGAGCCAAAGGCACCAGCUAAGGAGCCAAAGGCACCAGCUAAGGAGCCAAAGGCACCAGCUAAGGAGCCAAAGGCACCAGCUAAGGAGCCGAAGGCAUCAGAUAAGGGGCUGAAGGCACCAGCUAAGGAGCCAAAGGCACCAACAGAAGAAACGAAGGGGGCAGCAGAGGCAUCACCGAAAAAGUAAAAUGUAAAUUAUCUUUCAAAUUUGGUUCAGAAUAAAAGUAUUGUCUAAAGUGACAAAUGGAAUGAAA